UUUCACUUUAUAUAUUUGCAAUUAUUUCCUCCCAGUCUGUGGCUUUUCUUCUCAUGCUCUUAACGGUGACCUCCAAAGAGCAGAAGUUUUUAAUUUUGAUGAAACCCAAUUUAUUAAUUUUUUCUUUUAUGGAUCAUGUUUUUGGUGUUGUUUCUAAGAAUUCUUUCCUAACCCAAGGUCAGAAAGAUUUUCUCCUUUGUUUUCUUUCGGAAGUUUUAUAGUUUUAGGUUUUGAUGGUCGGAUCUAUGAUCCAUUUGGAGUUAAAUUUUGUAUAUGCUGCAAAGUAUGGCUCCAAGUUCUUUUUCUGGUUGUUGUCGCACAAGGCUAUUCAGUUGCCCCAUCUGCUGUUGUUUCCCUUCCCAUUUUUCUGUCUUUGUGGUUUUGUGCCUAUUUUAUUCAUUCACUUUCAUUUUAGUGAUGUUUCAGUGGCUAGACAUGAAUUUACUGUAUUUAAGCAGAAGUUUAUUCGUUCAUUUUAAAAUUGAGGAAAGUGAGGUCAGAGAGGGACAGAUCCUUGCCCAAAGUCACACAGUGAGUUAAUGAUAGGGCUGGACAGGGUUACAAGCUGUUUACUCCCAAGCAACCUCCUCCUGGGUGAGGCCAGGACCCGGGGAAGGCUCCGGAAAGACCAUGUUUGGAGGGCGGGCAGGUAUUUCAGGCAGAGCUGCUAAUGGCAGACAUUGCUUGGUGGCCAAGGAUUCUGGAGUCACAGAGAACUGAGCCUCAGUUUCCUCAUCUGUGCAGUGUAGGUGUAGUGAGGAUCAAAUAAGAUGCUGCAAGUCCUACCCUCUGACAUGCCAGAUGGCUGGAAAUUAAAGGUCGAUCUUUCUUUCUUUUUUUUUUAAAUAUUAUGUUGAAAAUAUACAUAACAAAACACACAUCUCAGCCAUUUCCACAUGUACAAUUCAGUGACAUUGAUUACAUUCUUCAAGUUUUGCAACCAUUUUUGCUAUCCUUUUCCAAACCAUUCCAUGACCAUUAACAUAAACUCAAUGUAGAGGUUGCUCUUUUACCAUAAUGAUGAUGGCAUGCACUUUUUCUCGGGCAGGAGCCAGUUCUUGGAGGAGAUCCCGGCACAGGGCAUGGAUCACUGUGCAGCCCUUCUCUUCUGCCUCUGCCUCGUGACUUUUCAGAGCUGGACAGCCGCAGAGACUUCACAGGAACUCCGGAGUUUGAUGGAGCGAAUGGAGAACCUGGCCAAACGCAAGGGACGGAGUGGAUCUCCUCCUCAUGACACCCCUACCCUCAACUGUAUCCACGACCUGGAGUGGAACCUGCUGAACACCACCUUUGAGGGCAGCAACAUGACCGAGCGGACGCGUCUGGCCACCAUCCAGGCUCUGGCCUUCAAGCUGAGCUGUGACUUCACUGGCCUCUUGCUGAGCAGUGCCGCUCUGGAGCAGGACCCUCAGGCCUGGGCCCCCCACAGGAUGCAGUUCCCAGCCGAGCUGACCCGGAAGGCCUGCCAGACCCGCCGCAAGGAGCUGCGUCUCAUCUGUGUCUACUUCUACACCUCCUUCUUUUUCCAGGAUGACACCAACUCACCUCUACUCAAUAACCGUGUCCUGGGGGCCCAGCUGGGCCAUGACCGUGUGAACAACCUCAGUGAGCCAAUCAACAUCAGCUUCUGGCACAACCAAAGCCUGGAAGGCCACACACUGACCUGUGUCUUCUGGAAGGAGGGAGCCAGCAAGAACAGCUCGGGGGCCUGGAGCUCCGAGGGCUGCCUCACAGAACAGCCCUCACCUGAUCAGGUGCUCUGCCGCUGCAACCACCUCAGCUACUUUGCUGUUCUUAUGCAAAUCUCCCCAGCCCCGAUCCCUGCAGAGUUGCUGCCUCCUCUCACGUACAUCUCCCUCGUGGGCUGCAGCAUCUCCAUCGUGGCCUCGCUGCUCACCAUCCUGCUGCACUUGCAGUCCAGGAAGAAGAGUGACUUCAUGGUACAUAGCCAUAUAAACCUGCACGCCUCUGUGCUGCUCCUGAAUGUUACCUUCCUGCUGAGCCCCGUGCUGGCCAAGCCCUCUGUGCCUGGGUCAGCAUGCAUGGUGCUGGCUGCCAUCCUACACUAUGCACUGCUAUGCUGCCUCACCUGGAUGGCCAUCGAAGGCUUCAACCUUUACCUUCUGCUCGUGCGUGUCUACAACGUCUACAUCCGCCGAUACCUGCUCAAGCUCUGCGUACUGGGUUGGGGGGUUCCUGCCAUCCUGGUACUGCUCCUCCUUGCUGUCAAAAGCUCAGUGUAUGGACCACUCUCCAUCAGUCAGGAAAAUGGCACGGCCUUCCGGAACAUAUCCAUAUGCUGGGUGCAGAAUCCCAAGGUGCGGAGUGUACUGGUCAUGGGCUACGGCGGCCUCACGUCUCUUUUCAACCUGGUGGUACUGACCUGGGCACUGCAGGUCCUACGCAGGCUGCGGGCGCGGGAGAAGGCGCUUGGUGCCCGGGCCUGCCGGGAUGCCGUCACUGUGCUGGGCCUCACUGUGCUGCUGGGCACCACCUGGGUCCUGGCCUUCUUCUCCUUUGGCAUCUUCCUGCUGCCCCAGCUCUUCCUCUUCACCAUCUUUAACUCGCUUUACGGUUUCUUCCUCUUCCUGUGGUUCUGCUCCCAGAGGUGCUGCACGGAGGCGGAGGCAGAGGCAGGGACAGAGAUGGAGGCGUUCAGUUCCUCCCAGAUGAUGCAGUAGUUUGGACCCUUUCAGCUUCAACCCCAGACUUUCUGACUGCCUGCAGUCCCAAGGCCCCCAGCUCCUACCAGAGAAAGUAGCCUACCUGCUGCUGGACACCUGAGGCCACUGUGCCCUACAGGGAGAUGAAGUCAGCUCUGUGGCCUCCCCAGGCCCAGAGAGGGCAGGGCACUGCUCUGCCUCACUCUAAUGCUCUGUUCUGGGGCAGGUCCAACCCCACUUGGGGCACUGGACUUUGCCCUGGCGUAUGGGCGGAGCACCGGCCCAGGAGUCAGGCGGCCCAGUUUCCAGGCCUGGCUCUGAGUCUCACUGAAUGAAUGACCUUGGGCCUGCCAUUCCUCGCUGACCCUUGGUGUCUACAUCUGUGACAUGGGUGUGAGUGGCUCCAGUCCUGUCUACCCCAGAAACUUUGUGAAAAUUAAGACCAUGCGUGGAAGAGGGUUGGGCGUGGGAUGAGGAUUCCCAUUCUGGCCUCACCCAGUGACCUCCACCUGCCUGCUGGGGGAGGGAUCUCAGCCAGCCUACUCUGGAGGCACUCGCUGGGCCCUUCCUUCUGCUUUCUGGGUAGAGCCAGACCGGACCCCCGCCCAGGGCCCCAGCCCAGUGCUUGGGAAGUGUCUGAGAAUUCACUAGCCUAUGUCAGGGGCCCCUUUUCCUUUAACCCCCACAUUACAAUGACUCCAAACCUUCACAUUCCAAAGACUGAAGUCCAGUCCUUGCCAAGGGGUCUUCUCCAGUGCUCCCGAGGCCCCCAGAGGCCAUGUAGACCAGAAGCUGGGGCCAUAGGGUGUCCUCAGAGUAGGUGGGAGACACCCCUUUCUCCUUCAGUAAGUAAGCUGGGCCCUAGCGACCUGGCUAUGUGAUGAUUGCAUGGGAUUGAAUUUUCCCUGGUGAGCAUGAGGAUACAGGUUCUAAACCCCAGUUGUAGAGAAUUAUCGUUGCCCUUGACCUGUCUGGCCAUAUCAGAGACCAGCACUCAUGAGGCCAGUGCCUUUCCCAGGAUGCACACCAGGGGGCAAUGUUAGCCUGUACUCAGAGGCCUUGACGCCUGGAAACGCUGUGGUCACCUGUCUGGGCAAACAGCGCAGCUUGGAAAGGCUCGUGCCUCUAGGACUGUGCUUGCAGAGUGAACGGCAGGUGGAAAAGCCAGCCCUGUUUACAGGGCUGUUUCUCUCUUGUCCUGAUGCGGCUGCCCCUCUUGCACUAGGGGUUUUGGCCUCAGGGCAACUGACUGAGGUGGGCUCUCAGGGCCCCACCCCAGUCCACCAGACAGGUUUUAAUGAGCUUGAAUGCCACAGAGAGGGAAAUGGAGCCCGAUCCCUUUUUUCCUAGGGGGAACCUCUGCCCUAUGCACAUUUCUGGAUGCAAAUAGCUCUUCAUGAGGUAGUAAAGGGUGCAGGCUCUGGAGCCAGACUGCCUGGGCUCAAACACCAGCUCUGCCACUUGUUAGCUGUGUGACCAUGGGCAAGUCACUUAA